GGGUUUGUGGUGAUCGUUAGUUACAACUUACAACACAACACUCAUACAUCAGAGUCAUCAUCAUCAGUAUCUUCAUCAAUUCUUGUUCAUCAUCAUCAACGCGAAAAUGGCUCCGAUUAAAGUGGGAGAUGUGAUUCCAGACGGCACCUUGGCUUAUUUGGAUGAUGAAAACAAACCCCAAACUGUCUCCAUUCACUCUCUCGCCGCCGGCAAGAAAGUCAUCAUCUUUGGUGUUCCCGGUGCUUUCACUCCUACUUGCAGCUUGAAGCAUGUGCCUGGCUUCAUCGAGAGAGCAGAAGAGCUGAAAGCUAAGGGUGUACAUGAACUGAUCUGUAUCAGCGUCAAUGAUCCCUUUGUGAUGAAUUCAUGGGCCAAAACAUUCCCAGAGAACAAGCACGUGAAGUUCCUUGCGGAUGGUUCAGCCCAAUACACACAUGCUCUUGGGCUGGAGCUUGACCUCACAGAGAAAGGGCUUGGCACUCGCUCUAAGAGGUUUGCUCUAUUGGUGGAAGACCUCAAGGUGAAGGUUGCAAAUGUUGAAAAUGGAGGAGAAUUCACCGUCUCUGGUGCUGACGAAAUCAUCAAGGCUCUUUGAACCUUUUCACCCUUUGUCUUAGGGCCCUUGGCUCUUUUAUUGUGUCUGGUGUGUGUGACUUUUUUGAUGCCAGAACAUAGUGGAAACAUUUUGCUUUAAAUAUAUGUAAUGGUGCUGUGUGUUCAAGUAACUAGUAAGGGACAUGAUAUUAUGAAAAUAAAAUUGCUUGUUUCUAGUGUGUCACGUAUGGUUGUUAUUUGUUUGGGAAAAAUGUUUCUCCUUUUAAUGGA